AUGGAAACAGAAAGACAAUCACGUGGAUUUUCAAUUGAACAUGAAAUGGCCAGACGUGAUUUACACAAUUCAAUAUUGGAACUUUACUACUAUCUCAACAGUCAAUUUCUUGCAAAGGAUAGUCGUUUCCCAUUUGAAAAUCACAGUCGAAAUCAGAUUUUAUCUUUAAUUGGUCAGUCAGCUGCAUUUGCAAGUAUUGACUCGGCGGAAAGUUGGCGGAAAAGAACGUUGGCAGGAAUUUCGAUGAAAUUUCAGGAUCAUUUCAACAAAAUGCAAAAUCCUAGUGAUUGUAAUAAUGCUCGGAUUUUAACGUGUGAUUUGAACAAAAGUUGUGGUUUUGGUUGUCAAUUACACCAUGUAGUAUAUUGUUUUAUUGUUGCAUAUGGAUCAAACCGUACACUCGUUCUUGUUAAUGAUGGACGUUCUUGGAGUUACUCUUCACAGGGUUGGAGUGCAGCAUUUUUGCCAAUUACAAAUUGUUCAUUCUCAAAAAUUUCCAAGCAUGCAGUAACAGACCCGUCUUGGGGUAUAGGAGAAGAGUAUUCGCAGAAACGAGUAAUGAAUUUGCCGAUUAUUGAUGUGCUUUCCGAUCGACCAAACUACCUUCCACUUGCUAUUCCGCGGUCGUGGAGUAAUGAAUUAUUGAGAUUACAUUCUAAUCCUUCUGUUUUCUUCAUCUCGCAGUUUGUACACUAUCUAAUGCGUCCAUCGAAUUUGCUAGCGAAAAAAAUUGCCCAAGCUGCAAAUGAAGUUCCAUUCGGUAAAGGACCAAUUGUUGGUUUGCAAGUCCGUCGUACAGAUAAACUUAACAGUGAAGCAGUCUUUCAUGAUUUGGAAGAAUACAUGAGAUGGGCUGAAGAUUGGUUCAGAAUCGAGGAGUAUCGUACAAAAUCACCCAUUAAAAAACGAGUAUAUAUUGCUACUGAUGAUCCAUCAGUAUUCUCAGAAGCUGCCUUGAAAUAUCCGAGUUAUGAAGUAUAUGGGGAUUUAAAAAUAUCUAACAUGGCCCAAGUUCAUACACGUUACAGCAUGAAAUCAUUGAUAGGAGUAGUGAUCGACGUUGAAUUAUUAUCGAGAUGUGCUUAUCUUGUUUGCACAUUCAGUUCGCAAGUAUGUCGUAUAGGUUAUGAGCUGAUGCAGCUUCGUUUUGGUGAUGCUGGCGAUCGAUUUCAUUCCUUGGAUGAUAUCUAUUACUUUGGUGGUCAACAGGCUCACGAGCAGAUCGCAGUUGAAGCAUAUCGUGCUGAGAAUGAAGAUGAAAUUGACCUAGAAGUCGGUGAUAUUAUAGUCAUUGCUGGUAAUCAUUGGAAUGGUUUUUCAAAGGGUAUGAAUCGCCGAACCGGUAAAGAUGGUCUUUAUCCAUCUUAUAAAACUCGGGAAAAAUAUAUUAUUGAAGAUUUUCCUUGA